GGUGCAAACAUAUUAACCACAAAAGAAGGUUUAGUAAAACUGGCUGAUUUUGGUGUGGCAACUAAAACAACAACAUUAGGCGAUUUUGGUGUUGUUGGCUCUCCGUAUUGGAUGGCUCCAGAAAUUAUUGAAUUAUCAGGUGCAACCACAUCAUCGGAUAUUUGGAGCGUGGGAUGUGUCGUGAUUGAACUGUUGGAAGGCAAACCACCAUAUCAUCAUCUUGAUCCGAUGCCUGCACUUUUUCGAAUAGUGCAAGAUGAACAUCCUCCAUUGCCCGAGAGUGCAUCUCCGGCUGUAAAAGAUUUUUUAAUGCAGUGUUUCCAUAAAGAUAAAUACGAAGAAACAAUAAAAAGUGUACAAGAGUGGAACAAAGCAUUAAAAGCUUCAAAAUCUAAUAUUAAAUUACCACCAGCUUUUAAUAGGCGAAGGAAAAGUGAACAAAUUAAGUUACAAUUGUUAUCAUUACCAUCACCCGAUAAUGCUAAUAGAAAGAAAUCAAUUGAUCAAGUAUCAAUAGUUGAUAAUAAUUGGGACAAUUUUGUUGAUUUAGGUUCAAAAAAUUUAACGGUAGUUAGUACAAACAAUGCACAAAAUAAUAGAUUAUCAAUGGUCGAUUUGCAACCUGAUAGCGAAGAUGAUAAUUGGGAUGAUGAUUUCGAUGACUCGAUAACUAUCACAAAAAUCGCUGCUCAUCAAAAUAAACAAUUAAAUAAUAAAAAAGCCAAAAAAAAUAAUAAUAUUGGUGGCGAUGAUGAUACCAAAAUGUCAAGUCCUAAAAAACAUUCGAAAGGUAAAGAACCUAUGGAAUCAUCUCAAAUCAAUGGUGAAACUAAUAUUAAUAAUACAAAUGGCUCAUUAAAAUCAUCUGCAUCAUUUGAACCACCGUCACCAUCACCAUCACCAUCACUGACUUCGUCACCAUUAUUACAACAACAAAAAAGAUCUAAACCAUUACAAAUAAUAAGACCCACAUCAUUAUCAGCACAGCAACAACAGAAACAACCAAUAAAACCAAUCUAUUCAACUUCUUUAACAGAAAAUCACAUCACAAUCUUUUCAUCAUCCCCAAACAAUACCACCAAUGCAAGACCUAAAUCUCCUUAUCCUCCAAAUCUAUUUAAACAACAUCGUCGUAGGGUCAGUGAUUUAGAAGCCAACAAACGACCAUUUUCUUAUAUCAAUGGUCUACAAAAUUCUACAUCAUUAUCAUCUGCAUCGUCAUUACCAGAUGAUAAACCCUUACCACCAUUACCACGCUAUAGUAAAUCUCCUAAUUCUGCUGGCUUAGGAUUAUCAUUAUCAAGCCGGGUUUCAGCUCCUGUCCUACCAAGCAUUGAGAUACCUGAUUCUUAUUAUGAUAAAGUUCUGUCUACAAGUGCAACAAGUAAUAUGAGUAACGCAUCACCAAUCUCGCCACUUCGUGAUACACCAACUGGUGGUGAUAAACAAUCAUUAAUGAUUAAAUCAAGACCUACUAACAAUAGUUGGCUCGCCGAGGAUAUAAGUGACGAAGAUGAUCCAUUUGCAGAGAUUGAGGAGAAAUUUGACGAGAUGGACAUGGAAGCUUAUAUAGCUAGAGACAAAUAUGCUCAUGCGUGUUCAAGGCUAGAAGAACUUAUUAACGCGCUACUGCCUAAUGAGAGCGAAGAGAGAUUAUUGAUCACAUGUGGUUUAUUGAUUGAUCUUUUGCACGAACAUAAACAACUUAAAAGUCAUUUCAUCAUUUUUCAUGGCGUGAUACCGAUCAUUGAAAUAUUGGAAAUAUGUGUCUACUCAAGUGUAUUGACCAAGCUACUGAGAAUAAUUAACAUCAUCAUCGAGGAUAAUAUUAACCUGCAAGAAAAUUUAUGUCUGGUGGGUGGUAUACCUGUGAUAAUGAAUUUCACCUUGAAACGAUACUCAUAUGAUAUCAGAUUGGAGGCCGCAACUUUUAUAAAACACAUAUGUCACACCUCACCCAUUGUACUGCAAAUGUUUGUUUCGUGUAGAGGAUUGAAAGUUUUGGUGGAAUUUCUACAAGAGGAUUACAAUGACCGCAAGGAAUUGGUUUGGAUAGCUGUUAAUGGAAUCUGCAGCGUUUUUGAACUUCAGAGUCCAACUCCAAAAAAUGAUUUUUGUCGUCUAUUGGCAAAAAAUGGAUUGUUAGAUCCGUUGGCAAACACGCUUCACGAUGUUAUAAAGGACGAAGAUGAAAAGGCCUUCAUUUAUAUUAACAAGAUAAUCAAUAUAUUUUUACAAUUCUCACAAGCUGACACCUAUGUAACUGAAGUGAUGGCAACCAAAACUAAGGUGAUAUCAAGAAUUUUUGAAGAGUUGGAUGAAUUGCCAGCAAACAUGGUUGUCUCGUUGCUUAAAUGUAUAAAAAAUAUGUCAAUGAACUCUAACACUCUGGAUGCAUUACAAAAAGCAGGAGCUAUUCAAGUAUUGACCGCAGUGUUGGAUAAACAAAGUCCACCAUACAUCACCGAAAUCUCGAAUCAAGUUCUCAACACAAUGUUUAAUCUAUGUCGUAUAAACAAGUCAAGACAAGAGGAAGCGGCGAAAGCCGGGGUCAUACCACAUUUGCAAUAUUUCGCGUCUAAUAAAACGCCACUAAAGCAAUUUUCUUUGCCUAUAUUAUGUGAUAUGGUACACACAGGCGAAUUGUGUCGUGAUUUGUUGUGGAAACAUGAUGGCUUGCAGUUCUAUUUAGAAUUAUUGAUUGAUCCCUAUUGGCAAGUAAAUGCUUUGGAAGCAAUACUUGCUUGGCUACAAGAGGAAACACAAAAAGUUGAACCAAUUCUAUUGCAACCCAAAAAUGUUGGGCACAUGCUCGAAGCAUUUGUUACAGCAAAAGCAAACUCUUUUGAAAACGUUCUUGAACCAUUACACAUGAUAGCCCAGAAAUCGCCAUCAUUGUCAUGUGAAAUGGCUCAGCCUAAAUUUUUCAAACGCCUAUUACAACGUUUGUCACAUCCAAAAGCUGUUGUCAGGCUCAACUUGUUACGUAUAUUAAAAACCGUUUGUGAUUCGCAUCCACAACGUGAAGAUGUUAUAGCCAAAUAUGAAUUGUUUGACGUUAUUGAUAAAAUGAGCAAGAAUGACCAGGCGGUUUUGAUCAGAGAGUUGGCCAAAGAUAUACUUAUGCAGGAUCCUUUUAGUCUUGGUAUAUCAUUAUCGUCAUUGCCUGUUAGCAAUCCGCCAGCAACAUCUUUAUCGAAAGACGUUAUAUCUGAGGAGGAAGAAUAUGCUACUAGUUUUUAUACCAAUAGUCAUGUACCGUUUACAUCAUUCAAAGAUAAUUUGGUUAACAAUUCUGCUUUGCCUGUUGAAGGGUACGGCGUGAAUCUGAAACAAGAAACAGUAAAACCUAAAAGACCUUUAUCGACUCCAUUUGAAUUAUCAUUGGAUCAAGUGAUUGAACAAGGAGGAGACAAGAAAACUUCUUCGACUUCUAUUUCCUCAACUCCAAUAAUACCUAAUAGUAAUUAUAGACAACAACAGCAACAAUUGCCUUCUCAAAAGAAAAGACCAGUUUCUUUUGUUUCACAUCCACCAAAUGGCAAUGAUUCAAUUAAACUUCCUCGUUCAAUCUCAUUAAAAAAUCGUAAAAAUUCUCAUCAACAAAAAAUUUUAUCAUCAGCAUCAUCUACACAUUCGUCGAUUAACAACAACGAACAACAUUUAUCAACAAUAAGAUCAAGUGUAUCAGCUACUUCUACCGACACAAAUACUUCUACCAACUAUUACAACUACAAUAAUGAUUCAGGAGCCGUCUCACUUUUCCCAUAUGAUCAUAUUCGUAAAAGAGAAAGUUCACGAAAAAUUAAAGGUAUAGCUUAUAACAGAUCAUAUAAUAGACAAGCUAUGAAUGAAGAGGAGGAAACAGAAUCUGUAGCACCAUCAAUUAAUUCAAUUGGUUCAACAAAUAUUGAAACAGAAGGUGGCGUUAUAGCAAUGAAAUUUGGAACAAAUUCUUCUAGUGCUACUACUGCUACUAAUGCAAGUAUGAAAGGAACAAAAAAUGAACACAUGGAUCGUCAUCAUCAUUUACAAUCUUCAAUGUUUGUAUGGUUGAAAAAAAGAAUGAUGGGAGGUGGGAAUAGUAAGAUUAAGAAAGAAAAAAUAUCAGCAGUCAAUCAUAUUACACAUGAAAAUCAAGAUUCAAAUAACAAUUUAAUCAAUGAUGCAAAAAAACUUUUGGGGUGCUUCUUGCAAGCUGGAACCCUGCAAUUUUCUGAAAUCACUGAAGAAGAAUUGGUUGCUAUGACACAUCUUUGUGCAAUAGGAAUCAUAAAAGAAAGGAAAAGUCAGUUAGAGUUCACAUCCAAUAUUAGUUUUGAUCUGUUAUCAAGUAGAUAUUAUCCUUUCUAUGUAGAAAUAAUAUAG